AUGCCAAAGGGUUUCGCUUUGGCAAUACGAAAAAAGGUGGCAAGAGUAGCCAACGCACGGUUGGACACGUUCAGCAGAGAAGUUUUCCGUCAUGAGAGUCUGAAAAACCUUGUGCGCUUGGCAAGAGUGCGAAACCAUUACAUCUUUUCAGUGGAGUCGACGGGUAUCUUGCCUCCAGAUGUGCUGGUGAGCGAAGCCAUCAAGAUCCUGAUGGGAAAGUGUCAGCGCUUCCUGAAUGAGCUGGACUCUGUGCCUAUGGAGUGACCGGGCUGUAGCUGGGAAGCGUGUUCCUGCACUGCUGUUCUGGGCUUCCUGCACCUGCCUGCAGGGGUGAUGCCUCUUCUGUAGGCAAGAGGUUUGAGAUGGGCUUGUUAAGAGUCCUAGGACUGUCUCUUUGGAUUUGUCUUCUGUUGGCAAUGAGCCUCAGGGAGGAGAUGCACUAAAAUAAAGGCUUUUCUUUAC